UUUGACACUGAAAUCCAACCGUAAGAAGAGUGACUGUGCCGAAACAACAGUACUUGAAGCUGGUGUAACAGAAUGGAGUGAGUCGCUCUCAGUGUAGGGCACACACGCAAGGGAAAGAGACAACACCAUAUAGUGAGAUAUCCAACCAAGCUAGUGAGACCAUUACCAUCUGAACAACUAGAAAUACAACAUCAGAUUGAGCAACAUGACUGCAUCACUGCGAUGUCCAUUUCUAAGUCGUAUACCGAUGAACCAGGUGAAGAAAGCAGCGCCCCAAUUGAUGGCGUAUGCUGAACGCUGUCCUAUCAUGGCCCAUGCCUUCCGAUACAUGAGUCUCUUACCUAAAGAGGCAACAGAACCUGAAGUGAAUCCAGUCAGUAGAUGUCCAUUUCUGGCCAAAAGCAACUUGAUCAUCGCCGGAAAUGUUCCCACCAUGCCACAGAAAGACGUUCUGCAUGAUCAUGAAUCUGCUGAUGAUGUAAUGGACUCUACAAAGGAGGAAGUGACUACCGAGGCCGACAUCACUGACUCAACUACUCCGAGUCUGAUUGUUGAUGAGGAAUGUAAUAAAAAAUUACAAACAGAGGCCAGGCAGAGCAGUGUACGUAGUCCAGCCAAAACACGUUCCAAAUCCCCAGGUUUCCCAUCAGGUCUUCAAGUGGAAAGAGUCUUGGAAGAAAUGAAGCAUGCAAUGGAUGGGACUAUAGGAGAUAGCCCUUUAGAUUCAAUUCCUCCAUUCAACUAUGAAAGUUUCUUUGAGGGAGAAAUCCAAAAGAAAAAGAGGGACCAUUCAUACCGGAUCUUCAAGAACGUGAUGAGGAAAGGUCAGAAGUUUCCAUAUGCAGAAGAGCACUCUGGGAAAAAGAGAGACAUUACUGUUUGGUGUAGUAAUGACUACCUCGGCAUGAGCUGGCAUCCCAAGGUCACCAAGGCAGUUGAACAGGCUGUCAAGGAACAUGGUGCUGGGGCUGGUGGUACCAGGAACAUCUCAGGAAAUUCCCCACUUCAUGAAGAAUUGGAACGUGAGCUGGCAUCUCUUCACCAGAAGGAAGCUGCCCUUGUCUUCACAUCCUGCUAUGUGGCUAAUGACUCCACCCUGUACACUCUGGGGAAAUCUAUACCAGGCGUCCAUAUAUUCUCUGAUGCUGGAAACCAUGCCUCCAUGAUUCAAGGGAUUCGUAACAGUGGGGCACCUAAGCAUAUAUUCCGACACAAUGAUCCUGAGCACUUAGAAUACCUCCUGAAACAAGUGGAUAUAUGUGUGCCUAAACUAGUUGCCUUUGAAACUGUACAUUCCAUGGAUGGCACUGUAUGUCCACUGUCAGAGCUGUGUGAUGUCGCCCAUAAGUAUGGGGCUAUAACUUUUGUAGACGAGGUGCAUGCUGUCGGCCUGUAUGGACGUCAGGGUGCUGGAGUAGCUGAACGAGACGGAUGUAUGAACAAGCUGGAUAUAAUCUCUGGCACACUAGGGAAAGCCUUCGGAAAUGUCGGGGGAUACAUUGCUGCAUCGGCUAAUACAAUCGACAUGAUACGGAGCUAUGCCUCAGGGUUCAUAUUCACCACCUCUCUACCACCUACCACACUGGCUGGGUCCCUAGCAUCGGUCAAGAUUCUCCGUAGUGACGAGGGAAGACAGCUUAGGCAUGUCCAUCAACAAAAAGUGCAAUAUCUGAGAGAAAAAAUGAAGGAAAAGGGCAUUCCAGCUUUACAUUGUCCAAGUCACAUCAUACCUGUACAUGUUGGAGAUGCUGCCUUGUGUACUAAACUGUCCAAUGAUCUCCUAAGCCUUCACAAUAUCUAUGUUCAGGCUAUCAACUACCCCACUGUAGAGCAUGGCAUGGAACGUCUCCGCAUCGCCCCAACUCCACACCAUACAAAAGAAAUGCUUGACAGCUUGGUCAACGCUCUUGUCCAGGUGUGGGAGGAUAAUGGCCUUGACCUCUUCACUCAAGCAUGUCCUGAUGAAUGUGAAUUCUGCCAUAAGCCUCUGAAAUUUGAAGCAUUAUCUGCCCGCGAGAAGAUCUGUAAUAGAUCCAACUGUACCUACGCCUCACUUCAAGUGUCUCUGGCCUGUGCAUAAUUGGAUCAUAAACUUUUCAAGUGCUACAAGAUGUGCUCUGUUCUCCUUCCUACAAAUAAAAGUUUUUUUCCUGGCAAUUUACAAAGAAUACUUAGUUAUUGGUAGUUCUAUAGAUUAUUUAAUCAUUUUAGUAAUAAUAGAAAAGCACACCUGAGAUGAUAAAUAAGUUUAUGUGACGAUCACUGCUGAUCCACUAGGCCUACCUCGGACAUCAAUCAUACUGUUGAUUUAAGUGUUGGUGCUAGGAGUGCUUUGUAUAAUUCUAUUGGGAAUCAAUUUUCAUAGUUUUUACUUAAGUAAUAGAUUUCAAACACCAUUUAAAAAAUUGAAUGUUCAUCCACCUCUGUUCCUUGUAACAUAAUGAAAUAUGUUGGAAUUUUCUUCAGUAUUUGAUCACAAAAUCAUGCUAAAACAAAUAUUAACUGUUUAUUAGAAGCUGUAAACAGUAGCUCUUAGCCAUGUUUUUUCUCCAUCACAGCCAUGAGAAUCUCUCAUCGUCAUAGAGAUUUAAGUGUGUCAUAAUACAAAGCAAUAGUUGUGAUAGGUCUAGUGUGAAUCGUACACAUACCACUGUUAAGUAGAUGUUUAUUUUACAUUUGAUAUUUCAGAAUUCUAUUUUUAAAGAGAGAUGUAUUUUUUGUAUUAGUUUUCAGUGAUCCACUGUUCUUCUUCGUCAGUCCAUGACCUGCUUUCUGACUGUUUCACUGCAGCAUAUAUAGCUUUGUUUCAGACCAACGUAUUACUGAUUGUAGGGGCAUCACCUUCACAUACACUCAUCCAUGUCUUACUGAUACAUGUGAAAGAGUCUGCAGAUACCUUACCUGUCCACCCCUAUUUUCUUGAGACUCUCCCAUAUUUUCACUCCAAACUGUUACGCUUAGGAUUCUGUCCCUUCCCAAACCUUUUAACUACACUUAUCUGAAUCAGCAGAUUGUACUGAACAGCUCAGUUAAACAGAAGCAACACUACUUUAUCAUAUUGAAAAGGAAAUAGAUUUAGAUAACAAUAUUAUGUUUCCACAACAUACUUUUCCCUUAUUUCAAAUUUAAAACAACAUUGUUCCCCAUUAGCUAUGAAUGAGGGUACAAAACCCUCUAAAUUUGUAAAAUUUAAGAUUUGUGUCCUUAGUUUUCAAGGACUCUCCUGUAUGAAUGCAUUGUUAUACAUUGUUAGGGGUAAAAUAUACCAGUAAUUUCUAAAUAAUAUGGGAAACAUUACAAGUACACAAUAGAAUUGUUUUUAACCAAUCAGCAGUCACAAAUCUUUAGUGUGUUAAUGAAUGGUGGUUUAUCUCACCAUUUGGUGCUUCAAUAGGAAUUCCUAAUGUCAGCCAUAUUUUUACUGUGGAAGAGCAGGAAAUAUAGAGUAGCUUUUCUCCUUUGAAAUUUGGCAAAAAUUUGCCGUUCAAUCUAUGAAAAAAACUGGCCAAAAAACCUGCCACACAUUUUAUGUUCAUGCUUUAUGCAGUUUUAGUGGUAUUGUUUUAGUUAUUAGCUUUUUAUAAUUGAGCUUAAUCAGUGCUUCAUCAAAUUUAUUGAAAUUAUUAAAAUACUUUUAACAGAAUACGUAACAAGAAUUUUUAUGUUUUACUUGGUUGGGUUUUUCCAGCCAUGUUGUUAUGAUAGUUUCUUUUCGUGCCGCAUAUUUCAGUACCAGCUGUUACAAUUUUAGACUGAUGCAUACAUUUAGUUGCUGUUCCCGAUUAAUAAAUGCCUUUUAUUUUUGUUGUGUACUCCAGUAAUAUUCCUCUUUGUAGUAUAUGAUACUUAAUUAUACUUGUGUAUAGUGAUCUAUAAACUUGUGUAAUAUAUUUACAGCAUGCUGGAAAGAAUUUAGAGCUGUAAGAUGUACCUGUAUAAUACCUUUGUUACAUGCUGGCACAAAUUCAAAGCCUUAACACAUACCUGUAUAGUAUACCGGGUAUGUUGCCUGUCAGUAUUUAAUACAUGAUAAUAUGAUACAAGUCACAAGCCUUCUCACUAAUGAAAUUUAUUUGAUUGUAUGGGAAUUGGGCAGCAGGUUAAGCCAAUACAAGCCUUGUUCCUAGAAUCCUAUCUACCUGUUUAAUGUUGACACAAGUUAGAGGGAUGAAACAUGUUCAAAGUACGUAGUAUGUAUAUAAAGCAUGAUACAAGUCUGUAAAUAUGUUAACUGGUAUAAUUAGUGUGAAAACAUGUUUUACUGUUAGAUGUGUAGGGAUGUUACUUGUUACCCUGAUCUUAGUGUUAGAAUUUUUCAUAUUUUAAGCAGAACUCUCAUUAUUUUGUCCUAAAGCUGGUUACGGUGAUGUCAUUAAGUUAUGUUUCACAUUUUGUAUUGUCUUAAUGUAGGUACCUCAUUCUGUGUUGUCGAAGUUACUUGUCAAAUCACCUAAGGCUUCUGCCACUCCCAUAGCCUUGGUUAUUUAGUACAUCCAUCCUACAUCCUGCCAGUGUGAUUGGCCGAUAUCUUAUAUAAUGUAAAGAAUAUCUAGAGACCACCUUGUUAAACUUUGUGUUAUAGGCAUUCAAUAUUCAAUUGCAGUACAGUCAAAUUUUUAAAAAUUUUCUCAGCAAAGACGGCAAACACAACAGAAAUGAGACGACAGUGUGGUAUCAUACUAUUUCAAUAUUUCAGUUACCAUGAGGGCUAUAUAUUACUUAAUACAUUAUACUUGCUGUAUAGUUCUACUUCAUAACAUUGUAGACAAUAUCUACAUAUAUACAUAUAUCAUAUAGAUAGUAUUAAGCCUCUAACAAAUACUUUUGUUAAUGCUACUUUGUUGAAGAUUAAGGUUUUUGGCUACUAUUUGUGAAAUUUUUCUGGUGUUUUUCAGAAUUUUUGUUUUGAGAAAAAAAUGCCGAGAGAAAAUUAUAAAAAAAGUUUAAAUGAUUUAUACAGCAAUUGUAUUAUGGUAAUCAUUAAGUGGUAUUGUCAGGGGGGUUCUGAGAAAUCAACAUUAAAAUGUUGACAAUAUUUUUAUGAUGGAUAUUUUUUUUCUCUGAUAAUCAAAUUAUAAACCAAUUAUAAACAAAUCAAUAAUUUUGACCUGUUUGUCUUGGUCAUUUUGUUCCUGAACAACUGUUUCUUGAGUUAUAGAUUUAUUCAGUUGAGUAAAGAAAACAUUUAAGACAGGUAGAUAUAAAAGCAACACAUCAUAUUCCUACCUAAAGGUGUGUCGGAUAAACACCGCAAGUAUGGGCCUUACAUGAAUUAAACAUCAAUUAUAUCAUUUGCAAUGUAAGGUGCUUAUCAGCUGCUAAAUGAAUGAGUUAUAGUUCAAUUCUUAUGUGGUUUAUAUUUUAUCAGUUACAAUCUAGAUUCCAGGAAAUUAUGCAAUACUUUAAUUACACAAUAAAAUAUCACUGUUAAAAGUGCAUUUUUGAUACAAAUAAAAUGACCAAGAUGAAAA